AUGAGCAUCUUGCGCGUUGGAAUCAUCGGCUGUGGUGAAAUCACCCAAGUUGCCCAUAUCCCAACUCUUGGCUUCCUAUCCGACAAAUUCCAAGUGACCUACCUAUGCGAUGUCUCCGACAACGCACUCUCGCACUGCGCCAAGAAGGUGAUCGGGGCCACACCCCAAACAACCCGCGAUGCAGAAGAUCUCUGCUCUUCAUCAGAAGUAGACAUUGUCAUGAUCGCCAACAGCGAUGCAUUCCAUGUCCCGCACGCCCUCCUAGGCCUGAAGCACAACAAAAUUGUCUUCAUCGAAAAACCAAUGGCUCUCUCGCUCGCCGAUGCAGACCGCAUCAUCGAACUGGAGAAACAGUCAUCCGGUAAGGUGAUGGUCGGGUAUAUGCGUCGGUACACGAGCGCGUUCAUCGAUGCAGUCUCCGAGAUCGGCUCCCUUGACCAGGUUCACUAUGCGCGCGUGCGGGAUAUCGUAGGUCCCAAUUCUGACUUUGCUGGUCAGUCUGGUACUUUCCCCAGGGUCUUUGUGGACUAUAGGAAAGAGGAUUCGGAGGCUUUGGCUUCCAAGACUGGAGAGUUCUUGGAGCAGGGAUUGACGAGGGAAUUGGGUAUUGAGGUUAAUGCUGAUACCGCGAAUCAGUGGAGGAACCUUGGUAGUCUGGGAUCUCAUGAUCUCAGUGCCAUGAGAGAAGCGCUGGGAAUGCCCAAGGGUGUUCUUGGUGCUUCGCUGUGUUCGUCGAAAGGACCACAAUUCUGGAGUGCUUUGUUCCAAUACCCUUCUUUUGCUGUGUCUUAUGAGUCUGGGAUUGAUGAGGUGCCGCGUUUCGAUGCCUCGAUCGAGGUCUUCGGUGGAAAGAAGACUGUCAAGGUCUGCUUUGACUCACCUUAUGUUAAAGGCCUGCCUACGACCAUGCAUAUUCGUGAAAAGAUGGAUGAUGGCUCAUUCCGCGAGUCUAUGGUGAGGAAAACCUAUGAGGAUGCGUAUACUCUGGAGAUGAAGGAGUUGUACGCAUUUGCUGCUGAAGGGAAGCCGGCGAAGACUACCUCUGAGGACGCGAAAAGAGAUCUUGAGAUCUUCGGUAUGAUCAUGAAGGCUGGUCUGGAGGGACAGGCUAGAUUCAAAUAG